GAACUCUCCUCCACAGGAAUCCGCGUCCUCAAAACCUUCGACUCAAAAGUCUUCUCCGGCGCAAGUCUAGAAACAAACAAUCACACCCUCGAAUCUCUCCUCGUCCUCCCAGACAUCGUAGCCGUCUGGCCUAACACGCAAGCAUCUCUCAUCGCCCCCGUCAAGCGCCAAGUCGCCGUCGACCCUAGCGCGGCGGCAGCGCACGCAGUCCACUGGGCCACUGGCGUGGAUCAACUCCACCAACAAGGCGUCCGCGGGCAGGGCGUGAAAGUCGGCAUCGUCGAUACAGGGGUAUGGUACAAACAUACUGCCCUCGGCGCAGGGUUUGGUCCCGGUUUCAAGGUUGCCGGCGGCUGGGACCUCGUCGGUGACGGAUGGGUCGUCGGCACCGAGAAGAAACCUGAUGCGGACCCGGCUGAUGAGCAAGGGCACGGGACGCAUGUUGCGGGGAUCCUUGCCGGGGAGGAUGUUUCUUCCGGGUGGGUUGGCGUUGCGCCUGAUGCGAGUUUGUAUUCGUAUAAAGUCUUCGGACCCGGUGAUGGGACGGAUCAGGCGACUAUUAUCGAUGCGUUCCUCCGUGCGUACGAUGACGGGAUGGAUGUUAUUACUGCUAGUAUCGGCGGCAGGGGAGGGUUCGCGAACAAUCCUUGGGCCGUCGUCGCGAGCCGUAUCGCUGCUGAGGGCGUGGUCGUUACCAUUGGUGCCGGGAAUUCUGGGAACGGAGGGGCGUAUUACGCCAGCACGGGCAGCUCGGGUGAG